AUGAAUUCGAUGCGGGCUGAGAGAAAGGAUACACAUGUGUCGAUGGCCGAAAUGAAAUACAUAUUACAAUGGACGAGCAGAUCUAGCACACCUUUUAAUUACAUGGGAGAAGAGAAUUCGGUGUUUGAGAAGUAUCAGUGCAAAUUUAGAAACUGCUACGUAACAGGUGACAAAUCUUACUUGCCUAAUCAGUCGGAAUUUGACGCGAUUAUUUUUAAUGGGCGCGAUGUUACAAACCUUGAACCGUCCAAAAUGCCGAAUGUUCGGAAACGGAAACAAAAAUACAUUUUCGCAGCGAUGGAGUCGUCAGAUAAUUAUCCAGUAUGUGAUGAGCACUACGAUGGAUUUUUCAAUUGGACGUGGACUUAUAAAGUGGACUCUGACUUUCGUUGGGGAUACAUAACAGUUUACAAUCAGAAUGGUGGUAUGGUAGGUCCGGCAGUUGACGUGAAGUGGGAGAGAGAAAUGAAUCCGAUCAGUGAAGAGUUGAAACUAAAGCUGUCGAGCAAAACGAAAGCCGCGGCGUGGUUCGUGUCGAACUGCAACAGUAAGAGCGAAAGAGAGCUCUUUGUAAAGAAAGUUCAGACGGAAUUACAUCAGUUCGGAUUGUCGGUCGAUGUGUACGGUGAAUGUGGGACACUUAGGUGUCCAAGGUCAAGAACGGAUUUAUGUUUCAAAAAGGUUGAAAAUGAUUAUUAUUUUUAUUUUUCUAUGGAGAACUCUUUCGCUGAAGAUUACGUUACAGAGAAGCUUACAACUGCUUUGCUAAAUUACGCCGUUCCUGUUGUUUACGGUGGUGCUAACUACUCCAGAUUUCUACCACCGGGUAGUUACUUGGACGCUAUGGCGCUGGGACCGAAGGAGUUGGCUCUACAGAUGAAAAAAAUCAUCGACAAUCAAACAUUAUACCACAAUUUUUUCAGAUGGAGAAACCAUUACGUGUACAAAGAUACAGCGAGUAAAGAUAUUUGUACGCUCUGUGAGAUGCUAAAUGACGAGGAAAAAGUAUCACAGACUACUAUUUGGAAUGAUUUUAGAGCUUGGUGGAACGGUGCUCGCUAUAAAGAGAAUUGCAAAAUGUAGCUGUUGGAUUUUAAUGUAUUUCAAAUUUAAAUUUACGUGUUAAUAAUAUACUUCAAAACGAAAUAGACGGUUCUCAAAUCGA